CACAAGCAACGCACGGUGGCGCCGCGUCGCGUCAGUUGGUAGUAAACUCUCGAGUGCACCUGUGUUCUCUAUACAUUGUUGUGAAUUUUUAGUUUUUAUUAUUCGAUUUUCGCAAUUUUCCUCUUAAUUGAACAAUAAUGGUUAAAGUGUCAAUUAUUUAAGUUUGCUAAGGUUUUUGAAGUGUGUACAACAAAGAUGUGAAAGUGGUUUUGAAGUGCAUUAUUUAUUGUUAAGUGAACAAGUGAAUUUACAAAAGGAAUUUAUGGACAAUAUUUCAUUGGAUGUUUCCAAGAGUGAUGGAGUGAGCGGUACGUGUGUGGUUGCGCGGGCGCAUGGGUCUGGCCGCGGCGCUGCUGGAGGCAGCGGCGCGCGGCGAGGCGGCGCGGCUCGCGAGCUUGUUACGCGCGGACCCGCAGCAUGUCGACGUCACUGAUGAGAACGGCUGCAGCGCAUUGCAGCGUGCUGCAGCUGACGGCCACGUCGACGCAGUGCAGCUGCUUUUGCAGCAUGCCGCUGACCCCAACAAACAAGACCAUGUGCAUGGCAACACGGCAGCGCACGAAGCAGCAUGGAAGGGCUACUCCCGCUGCGUGGCGUUGCUGGCAGCGGGCGGCGCCGACCUGCGCCUACGCAACGCCGGUGGGUUUGUGCCGCUGCACCUCGCCUGCCAGAAUGGACACAACCAGUCCUGCCGGGAAAUACUGCUCGCUGGAGCGCCACCGGAUUUGCAAAACAAUUAUGGCGACACGUCUCUUCACACAGCAGCUCGGUAUGGCCACGCAGGCGUCACCCGCAUCCUCAUAUCGGCGCAAUGCCGCGUCUCCGAACAGAACAAGAAUGGCGACACGGCGUUGCACAUCGCCGCAGCCAUGGGUAGACGCAAACUCACACGCAUCCUUCUAGAAGCUGGUUGCGAUAAGGCCCUACGCAACCAGCAAGGCGAAACAGCUAGAGACAUCGCGACCAGAAAAGGCUUGGAAGAAAUAAUUAACAUUCUGAACACCCCAGUCGCAAAACAGUCUAAAAAGAAAGACAAACGAGACAAGAGCAAAGAAAGAACUGUAGACGAACCUGAUACUGCCAAAAAGAAGGAAAAAGGAAAGGAAAAAAAGAAGAAAAAUGUUCACUUUGAACAACAGCCACCUGCAGUGCAAUGGUCUCCCUAUGGAUGCCAUUAUUAUCCAGACCCAAAAUUUUUCCCAAAACCAAAGUUAAGCUCGCUUCCCACCGAACCAUUAAAGAAAGGCGAGCAAUACUAUUUAGAUUUGGCUGGAAACAUCAAAAAAGGUCCUAUAGGCGCAGGUUAUACUUGUUACUGCGCACCAUUCUUCAAACAUAUGGAAGACAAGCUAAACGAAGACAAAAAGGAUCUAAAGAGGCACAUCGACAAAGCUCACGAUAAGUUAGACCAAAAAGUGACAGAUUUGGAAAUGAAGACUCAAGGACAGAUAUCGGAAUUAACAAGAUUUGUAGCAGCGGAGAGAGCCAUGUGUAAAGAAAGGCACAAACACUUGGAACAAUGGUUAACUCGGGGCAUGAUGUUCCGGGCAUCCGAAAGAGUGAGAAAAUUGAACUUCAGCCCAAAAGGUUCCCUAGACAUCCCACCCUUAAAACGAACAAGAAGUUUAGAAAUAUUGGACGCUCAUACUGAGGAAUGGAACAGAGUGAAUAGAUUGAUUAAGAAUUUCAAUCGAAACUCUGAACAUUACGAGACUCAUACCAAAGACUUGAACGAUAAUAAUGCCACUUCGAAGAGCACUGAAGUGUUAGAUAGCAGAUCACCACCAACGCAAAGACGAAAUUAUUUGCUAACAAGCUCCAGAAGCAGUGAUCAGCUUGACGCGGGUCCAAGUAGAAUGUCGCGAUCACCUCAUAGAACAUCAGCAAGCCCCGCUGAUCAUGGUUGUUCUCAAAACGUCACAGCAGAAAUUCAUGUUAAAUCUAAUACAAUUUCUGUAUCCCAAUCACCACCAGCAAUGGAAGUUCAGGGAUACAACGAAAGAUUUGCUUCGCCUAGUCGACAGUCUAAUGCUAAGUCACCUAGCGGUAGUAACAGGCAGUCUAAAGCCAGCGAUUCAGAAGGUGAUCAUAUUCUUAGAUCCAACCAGAAUAUACCAAAUUGGAAAAGCCAGGUCCUGCAGAGAACAGCUGAUGAUAUCAGAAAAAGAGUUCAACUCGAAAAAGAAAUGUCUAAUAUUAUAUCAAGAACUAACCAAAAGUCCAUGGAUAUUUCCCAAGACGGUUACGUAAAGCUGCCUAAACAGGGGAAUUACCAGUUAAGAAAUGAACGUAACGUAGAAAGUCCUCCUCGAAGAUCUGUACAGGAAUUGGUUGCUCAAGUUGAGCAUCAACAAAGGUGUCAGUCUCCUGAGCCAAUGCCUCUACCUCGUAAAGUUCCACCCACCGAUAUUCAAGAAUUCCCUAAACCUCCCCCUUUAGUUCAACCAGUCCAACCGAGUCCAGGAAUAUUAAAAAUGCCUCAACAGCCACAAAGACCGGCUCCUAUACUAAAAGACAAACCUCCAAAAAGUAAGCGGUUCAGUCUGCACAACUUAAUUCCGUUCCCAACGAGAAAAACUUUUCAAACCCCACCAAAAGACAACGGUAACAAUUCUGAAAGCAGUGAUGAAGAAGACAAUCCUAUCAGAAGUACAAACCAACCCGGACCAAUGAGAAACACGAACCUCCUUCAGACUCUACCAAUGCCCAAUUUUGAAACAGUCUCGACAAAAUCUCAAUCCCCCGCUCCUCAGAUGCCUAACCAGAACCAUUCCCAUGAUUUACGAUCGAUGAUUCCGAAAGACGCAUACUUUCACGAGAUUCCAAAUAGGCAGGUCCACCAUCAAAUGCCGUACACAGAAAUGAUUGACAACGGUUUGCCGUUACCUCAAUACUGCCAAAACCAGUACGAUUAUAACGAACCAGGUUUACCUCAGAACCAGAUACAAGGUCGGAAUCGAAAUCCUCUGUACCACCUUCAAACCGGAGUUUUUGAUGCGAUGAUGCAAGAUCACAUAAUGAGGGAAAUGGAGCGAAUACCUCAUUGCUAUAGUGAGCACUUGGAUCCGAACACGGAAAUAGAGAUUGCGAAUCAAAACGAUCACUUUCGCGGUAGUUACUACGAUAACCGUGCACCAAUGUACCCUAACUUUAAGCCAAAUUCACAUGGAGUGAGGAAACCUUUACCGGCUGAUCACAACUUGCUUCACAGCCGGUUGCAGUCUUUGGCCAUCAACACUCAUUUGACCGAAACUCAAAGUCAAACGGACAGAGAGUCUCAUAAUGAUUCAGGAUAUAGUACGAAAGUGUACGGAAGUUCUCAAGGGCCAUCACCAAGUCUUUCUGGUAAUGUUGACGACAAUCUUUCCGGGCAGAGAAUGAAUGUUAUGCCAAACGGGAAACCUUUGAAUGGCCAGAUUGGUGCUUCAAGUUUAGUUUGAGUCUGCGUUAAAAGCUUUGUAAUUCUUAAAGUGGAUUCACAAUGCACAAGUUCUGGCAAUAUAUUGCUGCAAUUUAUCGCGUUGCGCGAUAUGACCUUGAGCUGACCAAUCAGGACCUGUCGUCGCAGCUCAGCCAGGAUUUAUGCAUUGUAAAUCUAUUUUUUGAACGGAAUAAAUAUAUUAUGCGAGCGACAUUGUAAAUUCUAUGUAUGUUAUUAUUAUUAAUAUAAAGAUCGGACACUGACAAAAAAUUCCUUCGAUCCGGUUAGAUUCGAACCAACGUCUUCCAGCAAACCGUGCCAGACACUAUGCCAACUAAGCCACGAAGUAGUAGACAUGUGUCGAUCGUGAUCGAUCGAAUCAAAAUGAUUUGAACAGCACCUGUGACCCGAUAACCCGGGUUACUAGCUUCUAAAUAACCCGAUCAUUUUAUCGUUUCAUGGGUCGUGCGCGCAAUAUUCGACUUUAUCGCUAUAAUUUUAGAGAUUAUUCAACAAUUCACAAUAUUAUUGUUGUCUCGUUCAUUCUCACGUGAACGGCGACACGGUUCGCCUUCUCACUCUUGGUUUGGGUCGAACAUUUGUUCGAUAGAGCAUUCGUUCGAUAGAACCUUCGUUCGAUCGAACCAAGUCAAGCAACCGAUCAACGAGUCAACGGGUCAAUGGGUUAACGGAUCAAUGAAUCUAUCAAUCAUUCAUCCUAAUUGCUCCGUGGCGUAGUGUACAUUACAUGGCAAUUUUGUAAGUUUAAUCUGUUUUUCGGUAUGUUGUAUUUAUUUAUGAGUGCACUAGCUAAUAUUAAAAUAUUAAUGAAUAAUAAAUUAGUAAUUUUUAACGCUAUUAAAUUU